AUGAUAGCAUGCCUGUUUUUUGGCUCAAACUUUGCAAGAAGGAAGAGAUUGUUGACCGGCCGCGUUAUGUCGCCCCUGUUUACAAAACAAGCGAGAGGUGAGGUACGCUCUCAACCACAGGCCAGUCCACUAACUUUGUGAUGGACAUGCGCGCGCCAUCUCAUCAGCCACAGUCCCAUUGGAUCAUGCGUGGUGUGGCUCUUCUUUGCCAGUUGGAUGAUUAA